GUUCCCUUCUAUCUUCUUUGCUCACAAAAGGUAAUAAAGCAGUUUUGCUUUUAUGUUUCCAAUAUUUCUUUCAUAAUACAAUAUUUCUUUCUGAAACUCCUUGCACUGCUCUGCUAUAGUUGAGUGACCAGGCCCAUCGAGGAGAAAGUGGUGUCUGGAUCAACACAGGAUUACUGCACCUUAGUAGAAGUGGAACCUCUUCUACUUCUGAAUUGAACUCCAUAAGCUCACUGUGCUAACACCUGGGGAUCGCCUGUUCAGCCCCGAUGGCCUUUGAAGUGCUCCUGGAUCAGGUAGGAAGCCUGGGGAGAUUCCAGAUCCUUCAGCUGGCUUUCUUAUGUAUCAUCAGCAUCCUGCUGUAUCCUCAUAUCCUGCUGGAGAACUUCACUGCAGCCAUCCCUGGUCAUCGCUGCUGGGUCCACAUCCUCGACAAUGACACUAUCUCUGACAAUGACACUGGGACCCUCAGCCAAGAUGCCCUCCUGAGAGUCUCCAUCCCACUGGAUUCCAACCUGAGGCCAGAGAAGUGUCGUCGUUUCGUCCAUCCCCAGUGGCAGCUCCUUUACCCAAAUGGGAGCUUCUCCAACAUGAGUGAGCCAGACACAGAGCCCUGUGUGGACGGCUGGGUGUAUGACCGAAGCUUCUCCUCCACCAUUGUGACUGAGUGGGACCUGGUGUGUGAAUCUGAGUCACAGAAAUCACUGGUUCAGUCCCUACUUAUGGCUGGGUCAUUGCUGGGAAGUCCGGUGUAUGGUUAUCUAUCAGACAGGUUUGGACGGAAGAUUAUAUGCACCUGGUGUCUCCUCCAGGUGGCCGUCUGUGACACCUGUGCAGCCUUGGCGCCCAACCUCUUUGUUUACUCCACACUACGCUGUUUGACAGGGUUCUGUAUCAUGACGAUUUUGGGAAACUUCUUUUGUCAGGUGGUAGAGUGGACAAAUGCCCAGUCACGAUCUAUGGCUAUAAUGCUGCUAUUGACUGCCUGGAGUGCUGGGCAGAUGCUCCUGGGAGGACUGGCUUUUGCCAUUCGAGACUGGCGCACACUGCAACUCACCCUGUCUAUACCCAUGUUUGUCUUCUUCUUGUCCUUCAGGUGGAUGGUGGAGUCUGCUCAGUGGCUGAUUUUCAACAAUCAGCCAGAUGAGGGCUUAAAGGAACUCAGAAGAGUUGCACACAUAAAUGGAAAAAAGAAUACGGAAGAGACCUUGACCAUUGAGUUUCUAAGCUCCACCAUGCAGGAGGAGUUGGAUAGAGCCCAGAUCAAAGCAUCAAUUUCCUGCUUAUUCCGUGCACCUAAACUGAGAAUCAGAAUCCUUUGCCUGUCUGUUGUGAGAUUGGCAAUCACUCUGUCCCUUUAUGGCCUGAUACUCAACUUGCAGCACUUCGGGAGGAAUAUCUACCUGUUCCAGGUUCUCUUUGGAGCUGUCACACUCAUAGGCAGAUUUUUUCCCCUUUGGACACUGGAUCAUAUGGGUCGUCGACCAAGCGAGGUUUUGUUCCUGCUCCUGGUAGGACUGUCCAUUCUGGUCAACACCUUUGUGGGCCAAGAAUUGCAGAUCCUGCGUGUGGCUCUAGCAACAUUGGGAGCUGGUGCUGCUUCUGCUGCUAGUAACAGCGCUGGAGUCCACCAACUUGAGCUCAUCCCCACCACACUCAGGUCAACAGUUUCAGGAGUCAAUAUACUCUUCACUAGGAUUGGGGCAGCACUGGCUCCUCUGUUGAUGACCCUAGUGAGGUAUUCUCCCCACCUGCCCUGGAUUAUCUAUGGAGUCUCCCCCAUUCUUGCUGUCCUCUUUAUCCUCUUCCUCCCAGAAACCAGGAACCUGCCUCUUCCUAACACCCUAGAGGACGUGGAAAAUGACAGAAAAGAAACAAGAAAAGCAGAUAAGGAAGAUACUUGCAUAAAAGUAACACAAUUUUAAGGCAUUCUCAAGACUUCAUCCAAGGCAGAGUACAGUAAGGAGAAGAAUGAAGAGGAUUAAUACACACCUGCAAACUAGCCAAAAAUACAAUGGACAGAUGCAUGACAUUUACAAUGAUGGCCCUAAAUGUAUGAAUUUCUGCAAAAUAAUUUCUAAGUCUUAGUAAUUCCACCUACAAAUAUCUUGCUUUGGGAAGAAGUUGCAAACUUCCAAAUUCACCUAAAUAUUAAUAAAAGCCAAUAUGGUUUAAGGAAAACGAGCAUCAUGGAAAAUGGGGCUUCACCAAAGAUACAUCUAUGGGGAAGCAUAUGCUGGAGUCUGUUAUAAAUCUACAGUCAUCUAAGCAGUAACAGUCGACGCAACCUUCGCUUAGAACCAUUCCAUACACAGAAGCACUUAGUUAUCAAAGUUUGGCACCAAGAAUCACUUACAUAUUCAAGGAUUAUGCAAUUAAUGUUAUUAAUUACCACUUUGGAAAUAGAAUCAAAAAAUUAUGAGAAUGGUUUGCUUUUAAUAGUAGAAUUAUGUUUCUUUCCAUUGUAUUCUUUGUGGCUUCAUGUUUUAAACUAAGAUGAAUCAUUUAAAAACACUAUAACUAUAAAAUAUUAAAUGAUAGUAGACAUGACAACUGAUUUCAACAGG